AUGUCUACGUCGUACUACCAAUACCAGUACCAGCCCACCAGCUCGCUGCCCGUCGGCGUGCCGGGUAAAGCACCACAACAGUCGUAUGCUCCUCGCCACAACCGGAACUCAUCGGCCUACAGUCACCUUUCCGCGUCGCCACCUGAACGGCCAGAGAGCGUAUCCACUUCCGGUGCUGGUCUCUACUCGGCCGCCUCAAGCAGCUAUGCCGGCAGCGACUACGAGGCUUCUACGACUGGAGCGACGAGUGUGGAUCUGCUUGAUUACAUGAACGAUCGACUGGCGCAGGCGUACAAUCCGAUUCCGCUUGAUCAGAGUUUGGCCAAACAGGCGCAGAUGUCCGGCGAGCUAAACGCAAAGAACCGCGAAUUGAUGGCCUUACAAGCACAAGCGCGAGCCCGCCUUGCACAAACCAGGGCAAACUUUGCCGAGGGCAUGAAGGCGGCGAGGGAGGUGCAACGAGAUCUCGAGUGGACGCAAAAGAAGAUGCACGCACUUAACGCGCGAGCAGCACGAAAGUACCCGAAUGAGUACCGAGCGGCUAGCCAGCGUUACCCACCGCCGGUCGAUUACGAAGAUUGA